AUGGCAGCUAUUGUAACGUUUCUACUGUUUGCAAUAAUAUUUCACAGAAGCAUAAGUCAUCCUAUAGGACAGGAAGAACAAUCACGACGUAAAUUUCAAAAGAACUAUUUUAAUGUCCUCAAAGAUGUUGUAUACUUCCCUGAUUCAUCAUAUAUAUUUCCAGAAAAGUCUUCAUAUUUUGCAACAACAACUGAAAAACCUGCAACUAGCUACAAAACAGAUUGCGCGACAUUAAAUGCUCCAGAGUGUGAUGAAUACAAAAGACGUCUUAAUAAUGGAUUUAGUAAUGAUGAUCUUAAUACUCGCAUCAAAGCUAACAAUAAUGACGAUAUAUAUCAUAAUACGAAUAAGGACCUGUAUAGCAAUUGGACUUAUGAAGAUCAACGAAAGAAUCUGAGCGAAAAUGUCAUUAUAUCAGAUAUUGACAAUAAUGAAGAUUAUGAAACGACCACAGAAGACCUCUUCAGAUUACCACCACCUCUUGUGGCGUCACUUCUUGGUUAAAUACCUCGAAAAUAAAACUAAAAUUGUAAUGUAUGGGUCCAGAUCUCUUAAUCGUAGCUUUUUCAGGAGAAAAAUCACAAUAAAUUUCGAUACUAUGAGUUCUUUGGCAGAAAUUUUAACACGAUGCCAUGAUCUUUAUAUCUCAUCAAAAAUGUUUCUGCCUUUCUCAUUGUAUUCUACGCAUAAAAACUUAUACAAAAUAUGUCUGUCUCCGAAGUGUUGGGAUUAAUUAAAGAUGCCUUUCGGCGAACUUUUUAUAACAGAGGCUUUGUUUGAGGUAGUACAGUAUUCUCUUACUGUUAAUAGGUACUCUUGAAAUUAGAUUAGUUACUUAGAAUAUAAUUUUUUAAUAUGUAUGCUUUAGACAUAAUAAGAUGUAAAUUUUAUUAUUUUUAAGUUUUGAAUAUUAUAUUUUAUUGAACAUUAACCCAAUGGAAUGCAAUGAGAAA